UUUGGACCUGACUUUUAGAAUACUUAGAACACAGUAGUCUGAGGCAUGGCCAUGGCCAUGAGCACGAGGUUGAUUCCUAGUCCCAGUGAGAAGGGUUUGUUGGCAUCAUGCAAAACACUUAGGCACGUGAAGCAAAUUCAUGCUCAAAUCCUCCGUUCCAAAAUGGAUAACUCAAACUUGCUCCUUUUGAAACUCGUCCUUUGCUGUUGCACUCUCCCUUCUCCUUCUCCUUCGGCUCUUGACUACGCCCUCUCCCUCUUUUCCCACAUUCCCAACCCACCCACCCGUUUCUCCAACCAACUCCUCCGUCAAUUCUCUCGCGGCCCCACACCGGAGAACACCCUCUCUCUCUAUCUCCACCUCCGAAGAAACGGGUUCCCUCUCGACAGGUUCAGCUUCCCCCCAUUGCUCAAGGCCGUCUCUAAACUUUCUGCUCUCAAUCUCGGCUUGGAGAUUCACGGCCUCGCUUCCAAGUUCGGCUUCUUCCACGCUGACCCAUUCAUUCAGUCCGCCUUGAUUGCCAUGUAUGCUGCAUGUGGACGCAUCAUGGAUGCCCGUUUCCUGUUUGAUAAAAUGUCUCACCGAGACGUCGUUACCUGGAAUAUUAUGAUCGAUGGCUAUUCCCAGAAUGCUCAUUAUGACCAUGUUUUAAAGCUCUAUGAAGAAAUGAAAACUUCUGGUACGGAGCCAGAUGCUAUUAUCCUUUGUACGGUGCUUUCUGCUUGCGCUCACGCUGGAAAUUUAAGCUAUGGCAAAGCAAUUCAUCAGUUCAUUAAGGAUAAUGGUUUUCGUGUUGGCUCUCAUAUACAGACUUCUCUUGUUAACAUGUAUGCAAAUUGUGGUGCUAUGCAUUUGGCCAGGGAGGUCUAUGAUCAACUUCCGUCCAAGCAUAUGGUUGUUUCUACUGCGAUGCUUUCGGGGUAUGCGAAACUUGGAAUGGUUCAAGAUGCACGCUUCAUAUUUGAUCGAAUGGUUGAAAAGGACUUGGUGUGUUGGAGUGCUAUGAUAUCUGGUUAUGCCGAAAGCUAUCAGCCUCUGGAGGCUCUUCAAUUGUUCAAUGAAAUGCAACGGCGAAGAAUAGUGCCUGAUCAGAUCACAAUGUUGAGUGUCAUUUCUGCUUGUGCUAAUGUUGGUGCACUUGUUCAAGCAAAAUGGAUUCAUACGUACGCAGAUAAAAAUGGGUUUGGAAGAACUCUGCCUAUCAACAAUGCCCUGAUUGAUAUGUAUGCUAAAUGUGGAAACUUGGUUAAAGCGAGAGAGGUAUUUGAGAAUAUGCCAAGAAAAAAUGUGAUAUCUUGGUCCAGUAUGAUCAAUGCUUUUGCCAUGCAUGGGGAUGCUGACAGUGCCAUAGCUCUUUUCCAUAGGAUGAAAGAGCAAAAUAUUGAGCCCAAUGGGGUUACGUUUAUAGGUGUCCUUUAUGCUUGCAGUCAUGCAGGUUUGGUUGAGGAGGGCCAGAAAUUCUUUUCUUCCAUGAUCAAUGAGCACCGCAUUUCUCCCCAACGUGAGCACUAUGGUUGCAUGGUGGACCUGUAUUGUAGAGCCAACCACUUGAGAAAAGCUAUGGAGCUUAUUGAGACGAUGCCUUUCCCGCCAAAUGUUAUCAUUUGGGGAUCCCUUAUGUCUGCUUGUCAAAAUCACGGUGAGAUCGAGUUAGGAGAAUUUGCUGCCACUCGACUUCUUGAGUUGGAGCCUGAUCAUGAUGGGGCCCUUGUGGUUUUGUCAAACAUUUAUGCCAAAGAAAAAAGGUGGGAUGAUGUUGGGCUGGUAAGGAAAUUAAUGAAACAUAAAGGAGUCUCAAAGGAGAAGGCGUGUAGUAGGAUUGAAGUGAACAAUGAGGUGCAUGUGUUUAUGAUGGCAGAUAGGUAUCACAAGCAAUCAGAUGAAAUAUAUAAAAAGUUGGAUGCGGUAGUCAGUCAACUGAAGCUGGUUGGCUACACACCCAGUACUUCGGGCAUAUUGGUUGAUUUAGAAGAGGAAGAGAAAAAAGAAGUAGUUCUUUGGCAUAGUGAGAAAUUAGCACUGUGCUACGGGCUAAUUGGUGAGAGAAAAGAAUCAUGCAUUCGCAUAGUUAAAAAUCUUAGAAUAUGUGAGGACUGUCAUUCCUUUAUGAAAUUGGUCUCAAAGGUGCACCGAAUAGAGAUUGUCAUGAGAGAUAGGACUAGGUUUCACCAUUUUAAUGGUGGAAUAUGUUCUUGUAGAGACUAUUGGUGAAUUGUUUCUAUUAGUAAAUUGAAUUACACUAGCAAUUCCUCAUUUUUGGGCCGCCGUAUAGAUUCUACAGCAUGUACUUGAGCUUGUUGAAGGCUCACUACUAUAAAGCUGAUCAUUAUUUCUGGUUUUGCUUAAAAUUACAUAAAUUCAUUUGGCAGUUGA